AAUGUCUGGUAAAUCCCGCACGGCCACACCCAGAUCCCCAAUUCUAGACAUUGAAACCCAAACCCACACUCCGCCUCUGCGCCUCCCUCUCUCCCCCUCCUCCGCCGCCGCCUCUCUCAAACCCUCGCUACGCCUAUGUGACUUCAUCUCCGUUUCUGUCAUCGACUUUCUCUUUUUCACAUCAUAAUACACGCCGUCGCCCUUCGAGCUUUGAACGAUUUCUUCUUCCGCGAUUCACGUUUCUGAGUCGUCGACUCCGAAGCAAAACAGGAACCCUCUCCGACCCCCUUGGUCGCUCUUGUCUCUCUCCCUCUUUCUUCCGGUCAACCUCGAUUGCUCACGACCUUGUCUCAUCGAAAUCGACUUGAAAUUGGUCGGAAAGGUUCCAUUCGUCUUGCAUCUACAACUUUCCAACAAUUAGAUAGACAUUUGCAGGAAAAGGGUGAUCCGUGAGAGCAAUGGACCCUGGACGCUAUGGUCUUCAUCAAGGAUGGGAAAAUAACAGCGCUUUGGAGGGGUAUGGUGCAGUUCAUGAUACAAAUUUUCGGGAUGAUGGAUCAUAUGAUGAUAGGAGGUUUAUAGAUGAAAGGUUCUCAAGGGAAAAUGUCUACCCAAGGGGUGCCUUUCAUCGAGAUGUACUGGAGAGGGAUAAUUAUCCUCCACCGCCAUCAUCAGUUGGGAUGUGGCCUCAAACGAGGAGGAGAAGCUAUGAAGAAGAGUAUUCUUUUGAUAGGGAUAUUAGAAGGCCUGCUAGAUAUGGUGGCCGUGAUCGGGAGGAUUAUGGCUAUGAUGAUUAUGACUACAGAUCUCGUGCUUCUCAUCAAAGCAAGGAUGACAGCCGUGAAAGGGAUUAUGAUCAUGGAAGACACAGUUAUGAUUCUGACUAUGAAAGGGGUGGUAGAAGAGAUGGUAACUGGAGAAGACGUGAAUCUCGGGAUCGAGAAUGGGACAAGAGAGGUGUGAGUCGCGAAAGGGAUGAAAGUCCUUAUAGGAGGCAUGAGCAUUCCCCUUCUCGUUCUCGUUCUCGUGGUCGUGAUGAUCGGGCUAGGUCAAAGUCUCCUCGAGGCCGCAGUCAUGGUCGAAGUUAUAGGGAAGACAGUUAUGAGGACAGUCGCUAUGAUAGAAGUGACAGGCGAAGGGAUCGUGAAGAUAGGCGUCAACAUAACCAUUACUCUGUUGCUCCCUCUGCCACCGUUGUGGUGAAGGGUCUUUCUCAAAAGACAACCGAAGAAGAUUUGUAUCAGAUUCUUGCGGAAUGGGGCCCCCUACGUCAUGUUAGAGUUAUUAAAGAGCGAAACUCUGGCAUCUCUCGGGGAUUUGCUUUUAUUGAUUUCCCCUCUGUGGAUUCUGCACAAGCAAUGAUGGAUAAGCUCGGGCAUGAAGGUCUUCUUGUCGAUGGCAGGAAGCUCUUCUUUGAGUACAGUAAGCCAACAGGUGGAGCUAAUGGAUCUCUUGGGAUGGACAGUGCAUCAAGAUCAGGCCAUGGUAGCUAUAGAAAUAUGAUGGUUUCAUCUGAUUGGAUGUGCACAAUAUGUGGCUGUGUCAAUUUUGCCCGAAGGACAUCUUGUUUUCAGUGUAAUGAGCCAAGAACAGAAGAUGCUCCCCCUGCUGAUAUGGCAUCAUCAAAUUUCACUCCAACUGGCAAGAGAGGGGAAGCAGGCCCAACACAUGUUCUUGUUGUCCGUGGCUUGGAUGAGAAUGCUGAUGAGGAAAUGCUACGCUAUGAAUUUUCUAAACAUGCUCCUAUUAAGGAUUUGCGGUUAGUUAGAGACAAAUUCACACAUGUUUCAAGAGGAUUUUCAUUUAUCCAUUUCUAUUCUGUUGAGGAUGCCACUAAAGCUCUUGAAGCAACAAAUGGUACUACGUUGGAGAAGAACGGUCAGAUUCUUCGAGUUGCCUAUGCCAAAAGUAUUGUUGGACCUGGAUCAGCAGUUUCAGGAGCUUCUCAGUCGAGCAGUCUUGCUGCUGCUGCGAUUGAAGCAGCUACAUUUGCUCAGCAGUAUGAUGCUGUUGGUUGGGCACCAAAAGAAUACAAUCCAGAGGACAACCAAUCUGGUGGUGGUCAUGGCCAGAGUGGGCAUGUUGCAGGACAAACAGAUUCUUCAGCUCCACAAUCUGGUUUCGUGUGGGAUGAAGCCUCUGGCUAUUACUACGAUGCUACUUCUGGUUUCUACUAUGAUGGAAAUACAGGUCUAUAUUAUGAUGGGAAUAAUGGUCUCUGGUAUUCUUAUGAUCAACAAACUCUGCAGUAUAUUCCUUGUACCGAUCAGAAUGGCAAGACAGCUGAAAAACAAAAUGAUGCUUCUAAGACAUCAGAUGCUUCCAAUAAUCGAAAAGUCAUCAUUUCUGCACCAGCUGCUACCAUAACAUCAAAUGAGAAAGCAGCUUCAUUACCAGAUGCUGUCCAGGCUGCAGCUGCGGCUGCAAUAGCAGCUGAGAAGAAAGAAAAGGAGAAACAGAAAGAGAUAAGACUUGCUUCCAAAAGUAGCAUAAUGGCUAACAAGAAGAAGAUGAAUAAUGUCUUAACCAUGUGGAAGCAAAGGAGUAAUGAAGGACAAGCACCACGUGUGGCUCUUGAGGACAAUCAGCCGUCCACAUCAAUUGAGGAGAGAUCUAACACAGCAUCAUCUAUGAAGAGCAAAUUCAAAAAUGAAGGACUGGCAGCAAAAGAGAAUGUUAUAGCUUCUGCAGGAUUGACGAGUGUCUCAACUCAAUCUGCUGGUAUGGAAUCCCAGAACAGGACAAAGCCCAUCAGCGCCAGUCCUAGUGGAACCUUAAAAGGAGUGAUUAGGAGUUCUGGGAUGGGUGUGGUGAAAUAUGACUCUGUUUAUACGGGACCAGAAGGUACACCUGCUUCGUCAUUUGGUGCAUCUACUGCAGGAUCUUCUUCAUUGACAUACGCGGAAUUUUCCACACCGGUUACACCAUUUAGAACAGGCGCAUCUGCAUUAGGCGGGUACGCACCAUCUUCUGCUGCUGGAAGUGGUAAAAGAAGGUUUUCUGAGAUGCCCACCACUUCAGUUACAAACAAAGAACAGUCUCAAUCAACUUAUCGAGAUCGUGCAGCUGAAAGGAGAAGCUUGUAUGGUUCAUCAUCGGCUUUUGGGGAUGAUGACCUAAAUGCUGGAAUGGGAGAUUCAAAUCGAGAUCCAGCAUAUAGGCGGGGUGUUUUGGACUCCAUGCCUUUCCCUCCUGGUGUUGGUGGGGGACGAAGUACUGGAGAUGCAAAUAUCCAGAGUUACGAGGUGAUUACAGCAGACAGGGCCAUUGAUGAGAGCAAUGUGGGCAACCGGAUGCUCCGCAGCAUGGGCUGGCAUGAAGGCUCGGUAUCAUCUCUGAACCCUUAAAACUAAUUUUGAUGUUCUGCAAAUUGAGUUAAUAAUGAUACUUUCAUCACUAAGUUGCUCCUUAAUCUGCCAACACUAGUAGCUUUUCCUAGUCCUGCUCAACCAUAACCUUAUUUCUAGUUUGGAGCUUCAACAGCCGUAUAGGCGCGGGUGCAUAGUGGCCAGCAACAAUAUUCUGUCUGUAUUUUAGAUCUGACUUGUUUGGCGAUACUUUUGGUUGGUGUUUGUGUUGGUUUGUGGUCCAGGGGCUGGGGAGAGAUGGGAGUGGCAUGGUAGAGCCUGUCCAGGCUCAGGCCACAGAAACGAGAGCGGGACUAGGGAUCCAUCAAGCGAAGAAAGUGGAUCCGAGCCUGGAGGUGCAGGCCGGAGAUAGCUACAAAGCUGUCAUUCAGAAGAAGGCCAUCGCCCGCUUUCGAGAAAUGUCGUGAGGUGAGUGAGGCAAGCAAUGGUGUAGACUGUAGAGGUCCAGAUUGGAGUUGUAGGUGAUGUUGCUGUGCUCUUAGCUUCAGAGUUGCACGUUGUAGCAUAUAUACAUAUCUACUCAUAUUAUAUCAUUUUGUUUCUUCUUCCAUCUGCUUGUUCCAUUUCGGAACAAGACUAAAGCCACUUCUUUAUGGCAUGAAAAUUGCCUUGUGUUUAUUAUUAUUGUUGGCAAAUAAAAUCACGAACUAGUUCGAUAUUGCAA